ACAAAUAAGAACUGAGGCAAAAGGCCUUUAGUGUGCAGGUUUAUGUUAAUCUGGCUAGGAGUUGGGCUGUGUGUUUAAUGCUUGCUGUAGCUGUAGGUGUCAGAGAUUUCAAAUUCAUGUAUUGUGCUUUUAUCUUUCUCCCUUCUUAUAUAGAGUCUGAACCUUGCAGCUCUUUUCAGCUGUAAUCCGUUGCUAUUAUACUGGAGACCUGUGAUAUGGUGGUAUCAAAGAUAAAGCCAGACACUAGUUAAGAGGCGGGGAUCUGAUGAGCUUCUUUCUUCUGGCAUCAUUAACGGACCUUUUACCAUGAACAGUUCAACUUCUUCUACAGCUAAUGGGAAUGACAACAAGAAAUUUAAAGGAGAUAGACCUCCCUGUUCGCCUUCCCGUGUUCUCCAUCUUCGCAAAAUUCCAAGUGAUGUCACCGAAGCAGAGGUCAUAUCAUUAGGUCUACCAUUUGGCAAAGUAACUAAUCUUUUGAUGUUGAAAGGAAAAAGCCAGGCUUUCUUAGAAAUGGCUUCUGAGGAAGCUGCUAUUACUAUGGUGAAUUAUUACACUCCUGUUACUCCUCACCUUCGAAGCCAGCCUAUUUUUAUUCAGUAUUCCAAUCACAGAGAACUUAAGACUGACAAUCUACCUAAUCAAGCUAGAGCCCAAGCUGCACUGCAGGCUGUCAGUGCUGUCCAGUCGGGAAGUCUGGCCCUUCCUGGAGCUCCUACCAAUGAAGGCACAAUGCUAACUGGGCAGAGCCCUGUGCUCCGAAUAAUUAUUGAAAACCUCUUUUACCCUGUUACCCUGGAAGUUCUUCAUCAGAUAUUUUCUAAAUUUGGCACAGUCUUGAAAAUUAUCACCUUUACAAAGAAUAAUCAGUUUCAAGCCUUGCUUCAGUAUGCUGACCCAUUGAAUGCACAAUAUGCCAAAAUGGCUCUGGAUGGCCAGAAUAUCUAUAAUGCAUGCUGCACUCUGCGUAUUGACUUCUCCAAGCUCACCAGCCUUAAUGUGAAAUAUAAUAAUGACAAAAGCAGAGACUUCACUCGCUUAGACCUUCCUACUGGUGAUGGCCAUCCAUCCCUUGAAUCCCCUAUGGCUGCUGCUUUUGGUGCACCAGGUAUAAUUUCCUCGCCAUAUGCAGGGGCUGCUGGAUUUGCCCCAGCGAUUGGAUUUCCUCAAGCUACAGGUCUGUCAGUCCCAGCUGUUCCUGGAGCUCUCGGUCCUCUCACAAUCACCCCCUCUGCUGUCACUGGAAGGAUGGCCAUUCCUGGGGCUAGUGGUAUGCCAGGAAACUCUGUUCUACUUGUCACCAAUCUCAAUCCUGAUCUUAUCACACCACAGGGGCUGUUUAUCCUGUUUGGAGUGUAUGGUGAUGUACAUCGAGUGAAGAUUAUGUUUAAUAAGAAAGAAAAUGCUUUGGUUCAGAUGGCAGAUGCAAAUCAAGCUCAGCUAGCAAUGAACCAUCUGAAUGGUCAGAGACUUUAUGGAAAAGUGCUCCGUGCUACCCUGUCCAAACAUCAAGCAGUUCAGCUUCCUCGAGAGGGACAAGAAGACCAAGGUCUGACUAAGGAUUUUAGUAAUAGUCCUUUGCAUCGCUUUAAAAAGCCUGGCUCUAAAAACUUCCAGAAUAUUUUUCCACCAUCAGCCACUCUGCAUCUUUCCAACAUCCCACCUUCUGUGACAAUGGAUGAUCUGAAGAACCUUUUCACAGAAGCUGGAUGUUCGGUGAAAGCUUUUAAAUUCUUUCAGAAAGAUCGCAAAAUGGCCCUUAUUCAGUUGGGAUCUGUGGAAGAAGCAAUCCAAGCCCUCAUUGAACUUCAUAACCAUGACCUUGGAGAAAAUCACCAUCUGAGAGUUUCCUUCUCAAAGUCCACAAUCUGACCUUUCUGUGAAUUUUUCUUCUAAGACUGGACCAUAAUUGCAGUAAAACAUUCAGACAUAGACUGAA